GCUGGGGCUGAAGAAGAAGAUGAUGAUGCGUUGUUAAGGGUUUUAUUUUGGGCUUAUCAGGCUGUGCAUCGGAUAAACGACUUUGGGAGUUUUCAGCCCCGGGCACACACAGAUCAAAAGCCGUUUCCCAAGCCGUAGAAACACACUGAGAUUAAGGGAGAGAGAGGAUAGAGAGAGCUGAAGCUCAUCUCCCAUCUGAUAAUACUGCUGCCCCGGGUCGGGAUGCAGAAGAGAAACCGAGGCUCCAAAUCACAGGAUGUGUGAAUAAACGCCAGCCGUUUAAACUACGUAAACACUGAAGGAUUACUGCACAGAAUACCGCUCAGGCCUAUUAAGGAAUCAUAAAGGAGGAGGACAGCGUUCUAGAAGAAAGAAAGGCCUCAUGGGACACUAUGCAGGGUUAAAAUGGUUUUGCACGCAUGUGUGUCACCACGAGCUGGAGUUUUCAACCCACAGAUCACACACAGUUGCAAUGUUGGACACACACUUAGCUUUUUUCCAUAUGGACCUCUGAAGAACCAUCCUGCCACGUUACCAUGUGCAUAUCCACAAGAUUCAUGUGAUCCAUUUGGGCAAGUUUGUCUCUUACUAAAGUGUGAGCAAAAAUCAACCCAGAGAGGAGAAUGAGCUCUCAUUUAGGGCACAAGACAUCAAGAGCUCUAUUUUAUAUUUUGUACUCGUAAUGACGGUCUUUUCUUAGACGGACUACUCCAGGGGGAAUCCAGACUCCCGUUGAGAUCGUAGAAAGAAAUUCAUAUUUUUAAUUUCUUCCCUUUUUGCUUGGCUGUAUACCUCCCACCAAUUCUUCUUUUUUCCUCAUUUCUGUAGUCUGACGUCAUGCUCACUUGCACUUAUCCGCUGUGAUGUUUUGAGAUAUGAAUAAGCACUGUAUGAAUGCCUGAACGCAAAUCGCUGCUUCCUUUAAGGCUCUUUUCAGUGUAACACGGGGCUUACCAGAGAUUUGCACUGAAAGAGCUUUGCUGUCACUUGAUUUUUUCUUUUUAUUGACCAAAUCUUGUUACAUUUAAGCCAUAUGAACUUAUUUUUUUGAUGAAACUAGAACUAUUUUUGUAUUUACAGUAAAUCAUAGUAUCGCUUUGUGUGUAAUUAAAUUUACUCUAUUUUUUUGUCUAUCAGCACAUGCAGUCAGAUACAAAAAAAAAUCAUCUGCAGUAUUUUACAUCCUUUUAAGAGAAAAGUGCACCAUUUCUUGUUGAUUUAGUGCACUAAGGACAAACUCUAACAAUGAUUUAGCAGAGAAGUGCAUUAUAUUAUGUGGAUUUAAGAAAGAAGUGCACUGUUUUGCAUUGAUUUAGGAGAGAAGUGACCAAUUUUAUGUUCAUUUAGGAGCGGAGUGAGCUAUUUUCUGUGGAUUUAAAGAAAGCUCACUAUUUUAGCUUGAUAUAGGACAGAAAUGCGCUAUCUCACAACGAUUUAGGAGAAAAGUGCAUUGUUUUUAGUGGAUAUAAGAAAGAAGUGCACCAUUUUACAUUGGUUUAGAAGAGAAGUGCACCAUUUUGCAAUUGAUUUGGAGAGAAAUGCACCGUUUUGCAUUGGUUUAGGAGAGAAGUUCACCUUUUUGCAUUUGAUUUAUUAGAGAAAUGCGCACUCUCACAAUGAUUUAGGAGAAAAGUGCAUUGCAUAUAGUGGAUUUAAGAAAGAAGUGCACCAUUUUGCAUUGGUUUAGGAGAGAAGUGCACCAUUUUAUGUUGAAUUAGGACAGAAAUACUCUGUCACAACGAUUUAGAAGAAAAGUGCAUUGUUAUUAGUGGAUUUAAGAAAGAAGUGCACUAUUUUGCAUUGGUUUAGUAGGGAAGUGCACUAUUUUGCAUUGAUUUAGAAGAGAAAUGUGCUCUCACAUUCAUUGUGGAUAAAAGUGCAUUGGAUUUUGUGGAUUUAAGAAAGAAGUGCACUACUUUGCAUUGAUUUAAGAGAGAAGUGCAUUGUUUUUAGUGGAUUUAAGAAAAAAGGGCACUAUUUUGCAUUGAUUUAGUAGAGAAGUGUACCAUUUUGCAUUGAUCUAGGAAAGAAGUGCACUAUUUUGCAUUGAUUUAGGAGAGAAGUGCAGCAUUUUGCAUUGAUUUAAGAGAGAAGAGCAUUGUAUUUAGUGGAUUUAAGAAAGAAGUGCACCAUUUUGCAUUGAUUUAAGAGAGAAGUGCACUAUUUUACGCUGAUUUCAAAGAGAAGUGCACCUUGAUUUGUGAGACUAGUUCAGUUUUAUUGGCCAUGGCUGCAGAUCAUCUUCACUCAGGCGGGAGGCGAGUGUCCUCCUCUUUCUGACGCCUCGUCUGUUUUUUGGACUCCUCCAAAUGCCUGUGGGUCUGAGUGUGGGCGGGGCUCUCGGAGACCCCUCCCCAUCCCGCUCCUUCCGCCCCAGUCGAUAUGUGCCUGUGUCUGCAGCCACCGCUUUCCUUGUGGGAGCCACGACACUGUUCCUGUGUUUUACGUGUCCGUGGCUGUCGGAGAAGUUUUCCUCCUUCAUUCCGCUCUAUAAUGUCGUGGUCUUCCUCUUCACUUUGGCCAAUUUCUGUAUGGCCACGUUCAUGGACCCCGGCGUCUUCCCUAGAGCUGAGGAAGAUGAAGAUAAAGAGGAUGAUUUCCGUGCUCCACUCUAUAAGACAGUGGAGGUGAGGGGCAUUCAGGUGCGGAUGAAGUGGUGCUCCACCUGCCGCUUUUACAGACCACCACGCUGUUCACACUGUUCUGUGUGCGACAACUGUGUAGAGGAGUUUGACCAUCACUGCCCAUGGGUCAACAACUGCAUUGGGAGGAGGAACUAUCGUUACUUCUUUCUGUUCCUGCUCUCACUCACUGUUCACAUUAUGGAUGUGUUUGGAUUCAGUCUGCUUUACAUCCUCCAUCACACUAAACAGCUGGACCUGGUCCAAUCUGGAGUCACCAUGGCAGUGAUGUGUAUAGCCGGUUUGUUUUUCGUGCCAGUUGCAGGACUCACAGGUUUCCACGUCGUUCUCGUAGCCAGAGGGAGAACGACCAAUGAACAGGUGACUGGGAAGUUCAGAGGCGGCGUUAACCCGUUCACACAUGGAUGUUUCAAAAAUAUCGCACAUGUGCUGUGCAGUUCACAGGCUCCCAGGUAUCUGGGUCGAUUGCGAAAACCUCAGUCUGUUCAAGUCCAGCCACCGUUUCUGCGACCGCCUUUAUCUGAAGCUCAACUAGCAGCUAAAGUCCUGGAUAACGGCAUCCAGCAGUCUAAAAGUAGUCUGGAGAUAAUGGAGAGUCAGUCCACUGAUGCUGAUCCUCCUCCACCACCCAAACCAGAGCACAGAUACCCUGGGCUGCCUCACACACAAAAUGAAGAGUGCAGCUUGCUGACUGAAGCUCCGCCCACACCUUCAUUGUAUAAAUACAGGCCGGCAUACAGCAGCCCAGGAAAGAACCACACGGCCUCAACACAUUCCAGCAAGAUGAGUCGAGGGAACAGUAUGACCGAAUCUCCCUCCGUCCCCGUCACCACCGGCCAGCACAGCUACCGCUCAGACCCCAGUCUGUCCAGCCGAGGGGCCGCGGGGUGCCGUGGGGGAGCGGAGGGGGGUAGAUCAGGCUCGGGGGGGCUGGGCGGGGCCUCUGCGUUUGGUGGACGGUCUUACCCUUCCUUUACCGACACCCUCCUCCAAUCAGCAGCAGCCUCUUGCUCCUCAAGCCUUCGCUCUGCCCACACAGCCCACAAUGCACUAGGGCCGCUCAUCUCUGAGGGCACGACCUCCACCAGCUAUAAAAGUUUAGCCAAUCAGACGCGCAACGGCAGUCUGUCUUAUGAGAGUCUGCUGACGCCAUCUGAAAGCCCGGAGUUUGAGUCUGCUGCUCAUGAACUGUCCCCGCCCAGACCACACCCUCCGCACUCUCUUAGCACAGCAGCAGGGGCGGCGCCUAUUUUGGGGUACACGUCCCCUUUCCUGUCUGCUCAGCAGAGGGAGGGGUCUCUCCAGGCCUGCCCUGCCCCCCUAAGACCCUCCCCCAACAGAGCUUUCCUGCGUCCAAUCAGCUCGCCCCCUUCUCGGGCUCCGCCCCUUUCUCCUCGCGCACGCUCUUUGGGCUCUCCUCCUCCUGGCCCCGCCCCUGGCCACACAGCUCUGGGCAAAUCACUGUCCUACGGAGGCGGGGCUGAAUUACAGCACCGUCCCUCUAGCUCAGGGGGCGGGACUUCAAUGCCCAACUCGACUAUUAAACAAAACGUGGCCAAUCAUAACACCCACUCACACAAACCCGCCGGAGGGGUGAAGAAAGUGAGCGGUGUCGGAGGAACCACCUAUGAGAUUUCAGUAUGAACGGUUAUUGAGCCUCCGAUUGGAUGGAUGUAAAGCUGCUCAACCACACAUGCAAAAAAGCAUACAAGACUGCAAAACAAACACAAUGUCAAACUUCAGUCACUGUGGAGGACGCACACCAAACAAACAAACAAACACGUGGACCAGUGAAGACGAGUCUUGCAACCUUUUGUUUUCUGAAUAUCAAUAUAUGGUACACAAAGAACUUUUUUUCUUAGUUAUUUAAAAGUCAUUUGGUACUUCAAUGCAUUGAUUUGUACGUCUGUCCAAUGAUCACUGGACAUUCAGCCUUUCUAGGCGGGACCACAUGAAAACCGAUGAUGUCACGUUCGGAAUGACAUCAAAUCAUGAGCCUCUCAGCAGUCAGCCAAUCAGCAACACAAAUCACUGUUCUGUUUUGCAUAUUCAGCACGCUUUCAAACCCUUAAAGGGGGGAAGGUUCACCUAAAAAUGCACAUUCUGUUAUGAUUUAAUAGCCAAAUCUGAUGGUAUGAUGGUAGAACACAAAAGAAGAUAUUUUAAUAAAUGUUCAUGCUGCUCAUUUCCAGAUAAUAGUAUCACAAAAUAUAGUGCGCCAUAUAUAUAUGAGUACACCCCUUACAAGUCUCUCUUUUAAAUGAAUACUUUCUAUAGGAUGCUUUAUAAUAUUAUAUUUGCGCAUAUACAUUAUAUUAAUCAGUAUUGAAGCCAAAUCUGGAGCUAAUCUAAGCUAAUCUAACAAAAUAACUUACGAUAACAGUCCAAAAAUUAGUAGCCUAACUUUUUACAUUAGAGAAAAAUAUUAAAUACAAGUUUAAAAAAGAGGAAAAGUCAAGAGAAACAAAAAAAUCUGUUAAAUUAUGUAGUUUGUCGUUUAUUUUGCAUGAAUUUUAAAUUAUUUAUUAUUAUCUUUCAAUUUCUAAACAUGUUCGACGACUAAAAUAUCACUUUAAUAAAUACAUCUGAUUAAUAAAUCUGUUUUGUUCAAAUACACCAAUAUAUCUGACGUAUAAUCACUGAAAAUGGAUAAAAUGUUCAUUUUUAAAAUGGGGUGUACUCAUAUAUGAUGAGCUCUGUAUAUAAAUUAAGUCAUACAGUAGCUUUUGGGAGGUAUCUUUUGAGAUAUAAGUCAUUAAAUACAAAUUGACUACAUUAUUAAGCUCUCAAAUCUAAUUUUCACUCUAUUUUCCAGAUAUUAAGACACACUGGGUUGAUAUUGCAUUGUUGUGGAAAUAAAAAAGACAAAAACAUUGAUUUCAUUUAUAGUUAAUGUUAAAUCAGUAGCUCUAAAUAAAACAAAACAUUAUAAAUAUGGAUUUUAUGUUCACUCACUACACAACAAAUCACAACAAAGGUAGUGAAAAUACACUGCCUGACAAAAGUCUUGUCGCCUAUCCAAGUUUUAGGAACAGCAAAUAAUAACUUGACUUCUAGUUGAUCAUUUGGUAUCAGAAGUGGCUUAUAUGAAAGGCAAAGGCCUCUAGAUUAUUAUUUGACCACAAUAAAAUAUGAUCAGGCCUGGAUUUUUAAAAUUUAUUUAUUUUUAUUAAUUGUUAACAAAACAAUUAAUACUUUUUUUAUUAAUUGCUGAAAAAACUAUAUAAUGAAACAUAUCAAUUUAAAUACCCCCACCCCCCUCCCCUGCGGUCUCUUAAAACCGGGGUAUCCAAUGAAUAGAAGUUAACAUGAAAACAAAAACAGAAUACCGUAUCAAUUAUACAAAGCAAGGCAAUCAUUCUGGAUCCUGAUCAUUUCUUUGUGCAAUAAACAAGGAGAUUUUGUCAGCAGCUGAAGUCCAGAUCUUUAAUGUACUCAUUUGUACCAAGCUCACUCGCGCUGUGGAUAACUCCAACAUUAUAAUGUCCUGAAGUUGUACCAACCACUUGUACAUGUCCAAAUUAUGUGGAGGCAGCCAAUGCUGGACUAGUAAUUUUUUAGCUGAAGUUAAGCCAGCCAACUUGGUAAAUCAGGCCUUGAUUAUUAAUGAUUUCAUUAGGACAGUAAGGUCUGACUUUGCUUAGACUAAAGUCUUGUCACUGAACAGAAAUAAUGUCCAGCCUAGAAUAUGUGGUCAUGCUGCAGUGGAAACAGAAUGAAUAUUGUGUCUGACUCCAUCAUGAGCUUGAAGGACUGCAUCCAUACAUCUCUGCAAUGACUCAAAUCACUGAUUAAUAAAGUCAUCUGGAAUGGCAAAGAAAGCCUUCUUGCAGGACUCCCAGAGUUCAUCAAGAUCCUUUGAAUUCAUCUUCAAUGCCUCCUCCAUCUUACCCCAGACAUGCUCAAUAUUGUUCAUGUCUGGUGACUGGGCUGGCCAAUCCUGGAGCCUUCUUUGCUUUCAGGAGCUUUGAUGUGGAGGCUGAAGUAUGAGAAGGAGCGCUAUCCUGCUAAAGAAUUUGCCCUCUCCUGUGGUUUGUAAUGUAAUAGGCAGCACAAAUGUCUUGAUACCUCAGGCUGUUGAUGUUGCCAUCCACUCUGCAGAUCUCUCGCACGCCCCCAUACUGAAUGUAACCCCAAACCAUGAUUUUUCCUUCACCAAACUUGACUGAUUUCUUGAGAAUCUUAGGUCCACUAGAAGUCAAGUUAUUAUUUGUUGCUCUUAAAACUGGGAUCGACAAUAAGACUUUUGUCAGGUAGUGUAUAAGCAUAAAGCAGUAAUUAUAGUGUGAUAUUGAUCAUAAAUGUCAAGCCUAAACAGAAUUACUUAGCAUCAGGCUCUAUAAUGACAUUAAUUAAAGCAUGUUUUAGAUGGUAAAAUAAUAUUUAAAAGCCAAUAUAUUUAGGAUUUAAACUAAUAUUGCAAAUGCGCAUGUGUCCUCAUCACAGAAUGGAUAUUUUUAGGUGAACGGUUCCUUUAAUUUUGUACUUAUUUUUUCAUUGUUUUAUACAGGUACAGAUGUAUAGUAUAAGUAUUAAGUUUGAUAAAGAAGAUGAUAUUAAAAUGCAGGCGUGUGUUAUAUGAUGUAUGAUUGUUUGUUGUCAGAUUAAGACGGCUGCAUCAGCCAGGUGAAAUCCUCAGCCAAAGAGACCACAGAAAGCACACUCGGCUAAUAGGACUGAAUGUAUCUUUAAUAACACGAGUUACUAGAGCACAACAUGCUGAAAGGUCAUUUAUGUUCAAUGGGGAACACGUCAUAUGCAAAUUAUGUCGCCGUGUCUGUCCACCAAUCAGGGGGAUUCUCUUGACACACGGUCAGCCAAUCACAUGAGAGUUUAUUUAUGAAGCCAGAGGAGGCCAGUGCAAGUAUAUGCUGGAUGCACCAUCGUAUAGAUGGGGACUUUGAUUUUGAAAUUCUGUUCUUUAAAUGUUAUUUUAAUUAUGUUGAUUAAAAUAAACAGCCAGAGUACAGUCUCUGUGUUCUAAUGA